UACUUUCUUUUGAUCACCGGCGGUAAUGGGUUUUUUAGAUCGUUGCGCCGACGUCUGCAACUUCUCGCACGGCCACAGCCAUGACAGUAAAAAGCUGAAGAAAAACCGGCAACUUCAGACGGUGGAGAUUAAAGUGAAGAUGGACUGUGAAGGGUGCGAGAGAAAGGUGAAGAAAUCGGUGGAGGGAAUGAAAGGGGUGACGGAGGUGGAGGUGGAGCCGAAGCGGAGCAAGCUGACGGUAGUGGGUUACGUCGAUCCCGAUAAGGUUCUGCAUCGGGUCCGUCACCGGACGGGGAAGACGGCGGACUUUUGGCCGUAUGUCCCGUACGACGUCGUGGAACACCCUUAUGCGCCUGGAGCCUACGACAAGAAGGCGCCGCCGGGAUAUGUACGGAAUGUUACGGCUAACCCGGAGGCGGCGCCGCUUGCACGUGCCAGCUCGUUUGAGGUUAAAUACACUACCGCCUUUAGUGAUGAGAAUCCCAAUGCUUGUGUUUUAAUGUGAAAACAACGACAAUGUAAUGUAAAUGACUUGUGAGAUAUUGCUGUCCACGUAGAU